UGUUUAUGCGCUACUGCCCUGAUGACCUUGGUACGCAAAACAGUCCGUCUUUUUCAACGUAUAUCGUGCAACGUGCGUAUGGCUAGCACAUCUUUUAUUAAAGAAGGUUGUGCGGAAGUCAUGCUUCCAGAUGGCGUGUUUUACAACCCUGUACAAGAAUUUAACAGAGACCUUACAAUAGCUGUAGUAAAUCAGUUCGGAAAGUUGCACAGAAGAGAAGCUAUUCUGAAAACGAAGGACAAAAUAGAUGGUAUGAUUCCUUUUGAUGACCAUUAAGCAUCACUACGAAAGAAACUCCUGAUUUCCCUUGCGGUCUAAAGAUUUUGGAGGCAUUAGCAGCAUCAGGAAUUAGAUCUGUUAGAAUGGCUCUCGAAGUUUCAAAUGUAUCGAGUAUUAUUGCCAAUGAUCUUAGUUCAGAGGCUGUCGCUUUGAUACAGAAGAAUGUUGCUCACAAUAAUGUGGAGAAUAUUGUCAGUACAGUCUGCGGUGACGCUGUCGACCUUAUGCAUCAACGUCGGUUAUUUGGCGAAAAGUUUGAUGUGGUCGAUAUCGACCCAUUCGGUACAGCAAGCCCGUUUUUAAACACGGCUGUCCAGUGUUUACGGAGUGGUGGACUUCUUUGCGUCACUUCAACAGAUUUGGCUGUGUUAUGUGGGAGCACUCCUGGAACCUCGAUGGGAAAAUAUGGUGGGAUGGCUAUUAAAACAGGCUCUACACAUGAAGUUGGAUUACGAAUACUUUUAAAUGCUAUGCAGUUGGCUGCCAGUCAGCAUGGUAAAGUUAUUGAACCUUUAUUAUCGUUGUCAGUGGAUUUCUAUAUUCGAGUAUUUGUACGUGUUUGGUCCAGUCCGAUAUCUGUAAAAGCUAUUGCAGCUAAACAUGGUAUUUGUUAUGUUUGUCGUGGAUGCUUAGCCUAUCAUAUACAACCUCUUGGAGAAGCAGUUAGUACUACUAAAGUAGUUGCCGCAGCUCUUGGCCCACCUGUAGGACCUCAAUGUAUAGAAUGCGGUUCGAAAUUUCAUGUGUUUGGUCCUAUUUGGAUUGGACCUUUACAUAGUCGUACAUUCCUACAUGAGUUUCUCUCGGAUUUAGGCUACCCUCCCAAAAACGUCAACAAUGGUAUAUCAAGUUGUUUGAAUGGUGAAAAUCACUCAUCUUCAACACAAUUGGACACAAGUACUGGAUCAGAUGAAUCAAAAGUUCAAGUAUCAGCUGAUAGUUCAACGAAUAAAAAUUAUGGCACAUUUAAACGUAUCAUCGGUAUGGUUACUGUGGCGUAUGAAGAACUUCCAGAUGUUCCUUUAUAUUACAUGAUUGAUCAAUUAGCGUCAAUUUUUGGUUGUACUGUGCCUAAACAAACAGACAUAUAUUCUUGUCUUCUGAAUGCCAACUACCGUGUUUCUUGCUCGCAUGCUGAUAAAAAUUCUCUGAAAACAGAUGCUCCACAUUCAUUUGUACUCGACUGUUUUCGAUCUCAUUGUGAUAGAAAUAGAACAAACUGUAAAAGAGAAAAACCUGACCUUGAAUCAAAUGAUGAAGGAGAUCUUGAAACAGAAGUAAACGCAACACCAAAGGUCAGUGUUCGAAGUAGAAGACGCCUCAGGAGAAAGCAGCAUGCUGAUAGUAACUUGAAAAUCUCAUCGAACAUGGAAGAGACAAAUAUUGAGUCCAAUAAUGUUUCACAUAGUCAAACAGUACGCAUCAGCUUACGAGCCAGACCAAUUAAUCCAUCAGUAUCUUUCACUCGUCAUCCACUUGCUGAACCUCCAUCAAAAAAUGAUGGUCUACUUAGAUAUCAGAUAAAUCCUGAAAAAAAUUGGGGUCCAAAGUCGAGACCGAAAAUGAAGAAAACAUCACCUUAAAUAACAACACGCAUAGUAAUGUCAACAACGACUUUCACAUAAAUCCCUCACAUAUUAUAUUUUGUGAAUGUAUAUAUUUUCAAAUACAAGCAUAUGAAUAAAUCCUUCAACU